GGAAAUGAACAAAAGAGGAGAGGCCAAAGACGACACCUUGGUGAAUGCCUGAGCUACAAAAAUAACUGGGGAGAAUGAAGCAGCCGAGCUUGAAGAAAUGUUCAUUAGGGUUAAGACAAAAUUCUCCCUGAUAAAAUCCAUCCCCUACUCCGUCAUCAGUGUGAUUUUGCCUAAAUCAUGGGCCUGAUCAUGUUACCUCCCUAACUCCAUAAACUCCAGAAUGAAAUACAAACUGCUAUUUUUGGCACUUGAUAGUAGUCUCUCACCCCUUCCUUCUUACUUUUCCAGGCUUCUUACACUUUACUUAUUUUCAUGUACCCUUCAGUCCGGUGUCUAGCCUUUGGGCUAGUCCAUCUCUUGUCUCCAGUUUUCUCUGGCCAUCCCUCUUGCUUGGAAUGGCCUCUUUCCUCAGCUCAGCAUGCUCAAUUCCCUGGCUCCCUCUAAGUCCCCACUGAAGCCUGGUUUUUGACAGAAAGCCUUCCCCAACCUCUCUUUAAUUCUCAUACCUUCUCUCUCCUAGCUUGUUUUGUAUAUUUUUGCUAUCUUCAUUGUGUAAAGAUUGAAAUUUAGGGGGAGACUGAGGCAGGUAGAAAUUAGUUUCUCUCUGCAAAGAGUAUUAUGUUUUUUAUGAGGUUUAUUAAGGAUUAAAGAAAGUACAGGAUAAGAAAACAUGUGUCUAGGCCUCUGGCCUAGACACCUCCCCUACAUUAUGAAAAGAGCCACCUCUGCUCCAAAACGGAAGUCCGGAAGUCCAAAAGACCCCUCAGUAGGCGGAGAACUCCUUUAAAUAAUCAUUUGUGUUCUUGCCCAGGCGAGAAUUCAGUGUGGUUACAAAGCACUCUGGGGAAGUGGAGCAAAGGAUUCUGGGGAUUGGAGUCCUGAAUCCGAGUAUUUUUACAAUUGGCUUGCUAGUCACUUGAGGGCGGGGACCAUCUUUGACUACCUCAGCUUCACACGGGGUACCACCAAGCCUCGAUCUGAUGGAUUUUAAGAUAACGAACGAAGGGGGGUGGGAGGUGGCGGGGCCGUGUUUCCCGUCGCUGCCAGGGUCAAGGGGCUGGGGUCGCACACGCAAGCGUAGCAAGACUGAGCUAAAGUAAGCACGGGGCAAGGAGGUACCAGCACCAGAUGAGGACGAAUCGAGCGUCACUGCCACCGCCACCACCACCACCACCGCUGCCUUCACCUUCACAUCAUCGGGACCAGCCAUCUCUGCCGCCUCCGUCGCAUCGCGCCCCCACCCCGCUCUGAUGGCGACUACUGAGGAUUCUCAGGAGCAUGAUUCGACCAGCGAGGGCAUGGAUGAUAGCAACCAUGAUCCCCAGUUUGAGCCCAUUGUCUCUCUGCCGGAGCAGGAGAUUAAGACGCUGGAGGAAGAUGAAGAAGAGCUCUUAAAGAUGCGAGCAAAGCUGUUGCGAUUUGCAUCUGAGAAUGACCUUCCAGAGUGGAAAGAGCGAGGGACAGGUGAUGUGAAGCUACUGAGACACAAGGAGAAAGGGACAAUUCGCCUCCUCAUGAGGCGGGACAAGACUGAAGAUCUGUGCGAAUCACUAAAUAACCCCCUGAUGGAGCGGAAGCCCAAUGCAGGCAGUGACAGGGCUUGGGUUUGGAACACACAUGCUGCCUUUGCCGAUGAAAGUCCAAAGCCAGAGCUGCUGGCCAUCCGAUUCCUGAAUGCAGAAAAUGCCCAGAAGUUUAAGGCAGAAUUCGAAGAAUGCAAGGAAGAGCUAAAAAACCAAGAAAAUAAAGUAAAAAAUGAAGAACCAAAAAUAGAACUGAAAGAAGAAUCUGUAGAACCGAAAGAAGAGAAAGCAGGAAUAGUUAAAGAGAGAAGUUCUGACCAAAUGGCUAAGAAGUUAGAGGCACUCUCAGUGAAGGAUGGUGACCCAGAGUCCAACCAAGAGAUCCAGGUGCAGAAGGCGGCGCUUGAGACCCAGGAGGCCCAAGAGGAACAGAAGCCCAAGGCCCAGGAUAAGGACACUGAGCAGCAAUACGUCAUCUCACCAUGGGCCUCACAUUCUUUCCUAAUUUUUUCCUUUUAUUUUCUUUAUUUUUGUUCAUUUUUUUUUUUACAAGGGACUUUAUAUAAAGAACUGAAUUCUAGCCUCCAGGUUGUUUUCUAAGCUUUUACCCUUUUGAAGAUGUCUUCUUCUUCAGCAGACCCAUUCCCCAGUCCAAUGUACUGCGCUCAUGCCAUUCUUUUCCAUAGUGGAAACACUUAUUUAUAGUACAUCCAAAAGAGUGAAUAAAACAUUUCAAAGCUGGAAAAAAAAA